AUGAGACGUUGCUCAGAGUUUUGCUACAUCAAACUGAUCAUACUGUAUGGUAUGAUGAACAAAGAAACUCUGAGAUACAGAACAUCGGCUCAGAGAAUAUUUCUGCUGCCAACAGGAUCCAGUAAAACCAGUAAAACCAGUUCCUCCUCAGCAUCUGGUCCACUGCCCAGCUGCUGCAGCCUCGUCUCCUCUCUGGUGAACGGCACCUCUCCUCUCCACCAGGGGGCGCCAUGCUCCAGUAGGCGGCGCUCUCCUGGUGCUCUGUGUUCCAGCAUUGUGUCAAUAAGAAGUGGUGCUGUGAAGAGAACAACAGUCAGACUGAAUGUUGAACAUCAGCUGCUUUCUCCUGCUGAUUUAAACCUUGUUGGACAGAUGGAACAUUGGCUGUGGAUUAUUCUGGCUGCUCUUUUCUCUGAGUGUAAAGGAGAUUCAGUGAAGCAGACAGAAGGAGAACUUGUUGCUGCUGCAGGACAAUCACUGACUCUGGGAUGCACUUAUGAGACUAGUUAUUCUGCUACAUUGUUCUGGUACAAACUAGAAGUCAAUAGUUACCCAAAGUUCAUGCUGAAGCGAUUCUCAACAGGAGGAGAUAAUGCUCUAGGAUUCAAGAAAGAUAAAUUUGAUGCUCAGCAUGAGAAAACUUCAUUCAACCUGACGAUCCAGGAUCUCCGUCCGUCAGAUUCUGCUGUGUACUACUGCGCUCUGCAGCCCACAGUGACAGGAAACACCAGAACCCUGUACUAAAACCUGCAGUACUCCACAGC